CAGUCAGUAGAGCCUUGAGCUUCGGAGGGGGAGGGUGUGUGCCGCUGUGUGCCUUGGGUGUAGCGUUUGUAUACAAGUUGCAGUGUAGUUUUGGGGUAUAGUGAAGUGUGGAGUAUACUUAUCAGUGUAUUAAGGACGUGUGGAAGUGUAUUGCCGCCUGGACGACCAUGGAUAGCUGCUGGGUGGAGGCGGCCGGUAAUGCCCUUCUUGCACGGAGAUGAGACCCCAUCAGCUCUGCCAGGUGGGGUCGCGGCGGUGUGAUGGACUUCCAUGUGGCUAUACCUGGCCCCUUCACUUACCUGGUCCACGAGCACGCCCGCUCCAUCAUCGCCAUCCAGGAGCUGCAGCAGGAGGUGACGUCGCUGCUGGAGUUCCGUGACCAUGUGCUGGAGGCGCUGCCACACCUGCACCACACCCGCCCCUUUCACUCCCUCACGCCCGCCCCCACCCAUGACCCGCCGCCCGCGCCCCGCCCCGCCCCGCCCACCACCACCAGGGCAGAGUCGUCGCCCUCCAAGGCCGCCCACGCCCCCCUGAGCGGCGGUGAGGGCUCGCGGCAGCCGCGGGCCAUCUCUGCGGGCGGGGGCGGCGGGGGCGGAAACAGCAGCAGCAGCAGCACGGGCGGCAAGUCGCUGAGCGAGACACACAGCAGCUCAGCAGUGGCGGACAGCGGCUUCAGCACUGACAAGGCGGGGGGCAGCAUGGGCAAGAGCUCCUCCUCCUCGGCGGGGGACCACCUCUCAGGGGCUGACGACCCACGAUGGACCUCCGUGGAGCCUGACCUCCCCCUGGGCUCCGCCGAGGACGAGCUGUGGCACUUGUUGGACGUCAUCCAGCGCAAGGGCACGCGCCUGCGCCACGAGCUGGAGCGCGCCGAGCGAUGUGAGCGAGACAGGCUGUCCACGGGCCCGGCGGGGGCUGCGCAGGGGGCGCCGCACCACCCACACCACCACCACCUCCACCACCCCGCGGCCCCCGCCUCAGAUCCCUUGUCCUCCCCGCGCCACCCGCACCCCGCCGUGGCCAGGGACUACUGGCCACACUCCCUGCCAGGCCACACCGCCGCGGACCUGCUGCCGCCGCCGCCCCCGCCGCCUCCCGUGGGCGUGGCUCUGGAGGCGGAGGCGUGGGCGGCGGUGGAUCGGCUGCGGCAAGACCGCCAGUACUUGAUAGGGCGGGUGGGAUGGGCGGAAGCGGAGGCGGCGGCGUCCCACCAGCGGCUGGUGGACCUGCACGGGCAGCUGCUGGCGCUGGCGGGGGACAAGCGGCGCCUGGAGGACCAGGUGCGUGCCCUCAGGCUGGACGCCGCGCGCCCCGAGCCCCUGCCGCCCGCCGCCGCCGCCUCCUCCAGUUGCGCCAGCACACACGGCGGUGUGCACACCGUAACCAUCCUGGCUGACCAUGCCGCCGCCACCACCACCACCACUACCACCACCAGGCCACGCCGCCCCUCCCCCGCCGUCACCGUCAGCGUGGCGGGCUCUGACGGCGGUGAGGACGGGGCGGGCGGCGCGGGACGCGGCAGGGUGCGCAGCGCCUCCAGCGUGCGGCUGAACGCUGAGCGUGAGCGGGACGUGGUGCUGCCGCGGGUGCUGAAGGUGCCCAUCAAGGAGCGCACCCCACGGACCUCCACGGCGCCCCCUGCAACACCAGCAGCCCCAGCAACUCCCGCGGCCCCGAGGGAAGCGACGCAGGAGGAGGAGAGCAGGCGGGGCAGCGACCGCGUGGUGAUCGAGCGUGAGCGGCGGGCGGGGCGGGCGGACGGCGGGUUCAGCAUGCCGGUGAGCCUGCUGAAGGGCGCCAGGGUGCGCGUCACGCCCAACAAGCAGAGGAUAUCCGCCAUCCUCAGGGAGAAGGAUGUGCUGGAGCUGCAGCGACAACUCCUCACCACCGUCAUGGAGGCAGAGGUCCUGAAGAAGCAGAUAGAGUCGGCCAGCGAGGAGUGGGCAUCCAAGACUUCAGAGUGGGAGUCUGACCACCGCCACGCCCUUGCUGCUGUCACCACUCUCAAGGAGGAGAACUCUCGCCUCAAGCAGCAGCUGGAGUCCCGUCCCAAGGCAGCAGAGAAGCGGGACAUAGGUGUGUGUGCUGCCCCGGUCAUGUUCACCACCAGCACCAUGACAGGAAAUAGCGUCGGGGAGGAGGAGGACGCCCCGACACACACCGUGCACGCUGGACCCAAUGUGAAGUACGACGUGGUGGUGCAUGAGGAGCGACGGGGCGAACGGGGCGAUUCCGGGACACGUCGGCCGGCUGUAGCAGUGGAGAAACCGCCCCGUCGCAGCCGAGAGCCCCGUAAUGCCCCCAGUCCAGCCCCGCCCUUGAGAGAAACAGCAGAGUCACCAGGAGGGAAGGAUUCAUUAGGACGUGGUGGAGGUGCCAGGGGGAGAGCCACAUUGAGUCAGUCUGGCCGCUGCACCCCGACAGGCACCCCACGAUCGUCCCCUGCCCCGAGCAUCACCCCCAGGAUGUGCACCACCCGCGCCACACCCCAGGACACCCGCGCAUCACCAUUAACCCGCACCACAGUCACCAGGUCCACUCUCCACCGCCGGGACUCUCUGAAGGCAGCGCAGAGAGGUGGCAAGGCAGCUGGCGGUGGUGGUGGUGCGCCAGCUGGCCAGGCAAAGGGUUCUGCAGUAGAUAGUGCUUCCUCCUCUUCCUCCUCCUCCUCCUCUUCCUCCACCUCCUCCUCCACCUCCAUCCUCUCCUCCACCUCUGCCUCCUCCAUCUCCUCCUCCUCGUCACCCUCCACAGUGGCAGAGAGAAGAACUAAUCGACCAGCAUCCUUCUUCAGGUUGCCCCGUCACUCUGCCCUGACCAAGGUAGUGUCGGCCAGCCCCGGUCCAUGAGACAGGCCCCACGCUCCCCCCUCACCCUCGCUGACCUGCGCACGCCCUCCCCUGCUCCGCCCCCAGCACAGGCCGCCCGCCCCGCCCCAGGACAUCGUGGGGCCAAGGGUGUCUCUGGCCGCCGGCUGGGGGGUGCUGCGGGAGUGCUGCACCCCAGGGAGGCUAGCAGGGCGGGGGCGGGGCCAGGACUGGGGCUGGGGUCGGGGGUCGGGGCGGGGCGGAGUAUGAGGAGUGGUGUUCGGGGCGCGUCAUCCCCCCAUGAGCUGAGACUGUCCCACCUGCGCCCCGCCACCCCGUCCCCGUCACCCCCGGCCUCCUGCAGCAGUUUCUACGACAGCAUCAACUCAGAAGGACCCCCGCUGGCUGGACACGCACCCCCCAGCCCCGUUCCGCCCAGCCCCACCACAGACAGACUAAUGCAGGUGGAAGUGGCAUUUGAAUGGACCCCUGUAAACCCCAGCACCCACCCCAGUGCCCAAAUAUGGCCAUGCUCCCCACUCACCCCAGCCACACACCCCCAGUGGCUCUCCCAAAGGCUCCCCCAGGCACACUCCCCCCGCCCGUGGCCCCCAGACUCCUUAGAGGCCACGGGGGAGCCAGAGACGGGGCACGUGGGCCAGCUGGGGCAUGCACGGGGCAGGGUGGAGGGGCUGCGUGUAAGGCCGAGAGCAAGAGGUGGUGGUGGUGGUGGUCUGUCUCCUCGCCAAGAUCAAGACUUAAAUUCUCGUGUACAUCAAAUACUGACUAGAAUCGCAUCCGGGGCACAGUGAUGAUCCCGCUCUGCCCCGCCCCGCCCCGGAACAGUCUGGAAUAUACGUAGAAACCCCUCCAGAGUUGAUAUUGUCACUGGAAACCUCUUAAAGAACCUGAUUGUUGAGUCUUCUUCCGUCUCACUCGCGAAAAACACAAUAUUUUAAGCCAAACCUCUCACAAACCUCAAAAUACUUCAGAAAACCUUAAUAUUUGAACCCUGAACACUGUACCAACCCCCAACACACCUCCAGGAACCCCACAAACACUAAUAUUCUAACUACAACUUCAAGAAAACCCCUGUAAUGUAUCCAAACACCACCACCACCACCUCACCACUACUACUACUACUACUACUACUUAGCCUAACAUGACAUUCCAACCCCCCCAAACCUCAUCCAUCACAGUUCAGCCUAACUUCAUCUCCUUUUGUAAUAUUUUUCUUCCUCUUCUCUUUUCUUCUUUUUCUUUUCUUUUCUUUUUCUCUCAUCUCUCCUCUUCUCUCUUCUCUUCUCUUAUCUCCUUCCUCUCCUUUCCUUUGCUUUUCUCUUCUCUCUUCUCUUCCUCUUCCUCUCCUCUCCUCUCCUCUCCUCUCCUCUCCUUCAUCUUAUCCACUCUUCUUUCUUCUUCCUUUUCAUCUUCAUCUUCUCUGUCCCUCCUCCUCCUCCUCCUCCUCCUCCUCCUCCUCCUCCUCCUCCUCCUCCUCCUCCUCCUCCACUGAGUAAACAUUUUUCUAAGAACGAGUUAGGACAAAUUUAUAACCAAACUAAAAUAACUCAACAUUUUUGUAAACUUAGUAACAUUUUUGGAGACUCGUAAACAUAAUAGCUAGUCUUCCCCUGCCCUCCUCCCCUGUCCCCAUGCCCUGUCCUAUCCCUGCCCCCCCCCUGUAUGCCCAGUGUAUGCCUCUGCCUGCCCGUGUAUGUAGGCAAGAAUAUAUACACAAGGCAAUCAAACGUACAUA